CUUUUCUUUCCGAGAAAUUGAAAUAAAUCAGAAAAUAGAUAUGCUAGUUUGUUUAGAUUUAUAAAGUUAAUUUUGAUAUAAUUGGAUCUUGAUUUUGUUUAAAAAUAUCGUUUUGUCGCAAUUAAAUUAAAUUGUUUUCAAAGAAUUUUUAAAUAAAAAGCAUUUACUUGUCAGAAGUUUCAGAAAUGCAAAGCAAAAUAUCUUCGGAUUCAAAUAAACUUAUAAUAAAUGAACAAAAUGUAAUAAUAAAACGAGGAAUUGCGCAGAGUUCUGACAGCAGUAGUAAUAUUUGUUUGAGUAGUAGCGGUACCAGCAAAGGAUGGAAAAGGAAACAAUGUGAUAUUGUUAAGUUUUGUGAUUUGGAAUCUGAAUUCGAAGAUUGCGAUCUCGAAGAUGCUGUGGCUCUGGAGACAAAAUUACGCAAUGUCAUGCGUAAACAUUCUUUAACUCACGACGAGAUGAUGAGAUUAUUGCAUAAAUUUAUUAAAAAUGAACAUGUUUUGGCCCUGGUUACUUUAAAAGCUGAGGAUGAAUUAGCACGUGAACAACAAAGCGAGACGGAGCAGCGCGCACUCAUAAUCACCGACAUGCCAUCGGUCCCAAAACUAACACGAGCGAAGGCCAGAGAGUUAAAUAAAACACCGGUUAUUUCAUUGCCAGUACUAAACGCCGAAACGGAGCAACCGGAAAUUGCUAAGUUAAUACAAGAUGAAUUAAAUUCAGACGAAGAAGAUGAAGACUUUACAUUGCAAGAAGAAGAGCUACCGUCUGACGAUGGGGAUGACCCCAUUAGCGCUUGGGAUAUUGAAUCUUACUCCCAAACUUCUCUAGCACCGCCCGUAACAAGAAAUGUGGAGGAUUCUUCUGUAAAAUUCAGUGAAGAUGGUUGUUUUAAAGUACUUGUUGAUAAGGAAUCUUCGGAAGAGGAUUGGCGUAUAGCUGCCCGAACGCGCUCCAAAUUAUGUUUAGAACAAACCACGAUAGAAGAUAUACAGUCGGAGUUCGUGCCCCCUGAUGAAGAAGAAUAUUUAGAUUUCAGUGAAACUGAAAGGGCAGCGUUCGACGACGAAUAUGUGCAGUUUGUCAAUGAUUGCCAAAAACCAUUGAAUAAUUCUUUUAUCACGGAUGAUGAUGAUCUCAUAAAUGAUCCCGAAUACGUAGCUGCUGAGAAGGAAGCAGUGGAUGCUGAAGAACUAAGGGAUGUAAACAUUUCUAAGAAAGAACUGACAGAUUUGUUUGCCGAGUUGUUUCAGGUAUUAAUAAGUGAAGGCAUUUCUCUUGAAAGCAUUGAAUCCGAAACGCCUAAGAAGCAUCCACUAAAUCAUCAUCAGUUAGAUGAGAGGGAGGUUUUAAAUACUCCUCAUGGAACACCGGAAACAAAAAUUAUAGAAACGCCCACGCCACAAAAUGGUUUACAAAGGCAACCGCAAUCGGACGUGGUCACCUCGACGGAUUUGCCAUCACCAUUACAAAGAGAAAGGGAAUUAGCUGUAACCUCAAUCCAGACUAAUCAAAAUGACGACCAAAAGGAGAUCCACAGCAAAAAUAAUAUUUGUGCAUUGAUUCCUAUAGCGAAACCGCUUAGUUUUAGUGAAGGUCCUUCUGGAAAAACGAUUAGUAUCUCAAGCAAUGCUCUUAACAAUCAGGUCGAUAUAAUAGCGGUACCUCUUCCAGGCCAACCUAAUCGUUUUCAAUUGGCUAAAGUUGUCAACGACAACGACCUCGUCGUCGUACAGCAAAGUAAAGAAAAAACAUUGUCUGCAGCUUUUGGUAUCGACGCCAGUGAUGAACGGUACAAGACACCGUAUGAUAAUAACUAUACUUACGAAUAUAUCUCGGUGCGAAGACAUGUAAUGUACGAGUAUAUGGAAAAGUUUGAAAAGUUGAGACAUGCUCAGGUUAAUCAAAUAUCAAGUACAACUAUGGAAGCUGAACCAUCACGUGAUGGUUAUGGUUUUACUCAGCAACAAUAUCAACUAAUGCAACAGCAAAUGCGUAUACAUGUACAAAUGUUAACGCAAUCCUUUUUGCAAACUUAUUCUCAUCCAGAAUAUUGGAAAAUGGCUAAAACGCCUCAGAUUUUAUUGAAAGAAUUGGAAGAGAAAUCGAUUGAUAAUAAUAAUUACAAGGCAUGGAAUUUAGAUAGCGCUUUAGAUUUGGUGGAAAAAUGGCAAGAAGAAGUGAACGAUAAUAACAAUGAGGAGAACCGUGAAAUGAUGCUAUUUAUGCACAAAGAAAUUGAAGCAACGAACAAAAACACUCGACAAAUACCUAGAUUUCCACCACGUGUUAUGGACACGAUUGUGAAUUCGAAGGUAUUCAUGUAUCCUCAAUACUUGCCCAGAAUCCCGUUCACGCCACGUCAACGAACAUAUGAGGCUUUUGCUCCCACCGAAUCACAAUUGAUAGCGAUGGGUUUGGAAAAGCAUAUGAAACGUAUUAAGGAAACUAAUGAAAAAGUAUAUCAUAAAACCACACCUUUACGUUUGGCUUGUAAACGUUUAUGCCGCGAUAUGGUUUGGGGUAAAAAUUAUAGACGUGUUUGGGAACAUAUCAUGAAUUUAAAGAAGGCUAAUUUCUACAAUCCCAUAAAAUAUUAUUUCGAUCACGAUUGCGCACCAGCUAUAGAAUUAAUGCCUAUUAUAGGAUUUGAAGACAAUAAAGUUUUACCACCUAAACAGCGUUUACAAGAGCUGCCCUUAGUUUGGAAAACGUACGUGCAGAAUAAAGCUACGAGUUCAAUUUCGACCAAACAACCCAAGACUUUAAGUGAACAACAAAAAUUUUCAACAUCUACAUCUAAAGUGAGAGCAUCCAAGCAUGCCAGAGAUUCUUUCUUGGAGUUGGUACGUGAAGCAGUAGGCACCGAUAUAACAUUGACAGAGAAUGUUAAGAAUAACGAAAGAGAAAUUGGUAAUGCCAUCAAUUUAAAUCAAAAGAAAACAAAACGCAAAUGCGACGAAGCCACCGGAAGCUCGUUUAAAAGAAAGAAUCUGCCGCAGUCUUUUACUAUCAAUGUUAAUUAUUAUUUAAAUAGUUCACCUACAACAACAGAUGUGUCAGUUUUGCCUUUGAGCGCAUGUGCGAAUGAGCUUAGUGAGACAGUGGCAGAAACAUCAAAUCCGUUCAGUGCACGUUUAUCAGCCGAAAAUAAUGCCGCCACGAUUGUAAACUAUCAAUAUAGCUAUGAAACAAAAUGUGUUCAGCAAAGUGUUCAAACUAAUGAGCAACAACAAUCAGAAAUUAAUCAUUUACGCGAAGGUCAUACCACCAAAUAUUUCACAGAUAGUCAAUCAGCUGCAGUACAGCAAAGCGCUUUAAAACCUGUAAAUGUCAAAUUUUCGAAAUUUAAGUUGAGAAAUUUUCUGAUUUUAAAAAGGUUCAAACGUCGCAUUAUUAACAAAUACCGCGAGCGACUUUAUCUGCGUAAACGCUGUGAGGUUCUUAUAACAGCUUACAGAUUAUACUUGGAUAGUUUAGGUAUAAAUUAUAAACAUAUACCUGUACUGAACGCAUAUUAUCGUCAAUUUAAAGCCUUGGAAUUAUAUACCAAUUUGUUAAAAGAUUUGAAAAUGUUUGUACGUGCAAACAUAAGUGUAAAUAGUAGCAACCAAAUUCCAGGAGGUGUGAAGCGUACGCGUAAUAUUAUUAGAGAAGAAGAGGAUCAUAAUCCCGUCUUACAGCGUAUAGCACGUAAACUUAAUCGUCAAGAGGAAAAUUUCAAACAUAUGCUUUUGCCAGAUUCGCCAGAAGAAGCCGACCGCAAAGAUGCCAUUUACGCUUAUAAUUUCUAUGAGAAAGUGGAAGAAGCUUUUAAAUCAUCAAAAAAGCCGGAAAAUUUUAAGAAAUUCGUAAAUAUUUUAAAAAAUUUUGAUCCCAGGUCAGGAAAGGUGUCGGACUUAUAUUAUAAACUGGAAACUCUAUUCUUACCGGAGCAUCCAGAUUUAGCUGAGGUUUUCUUGACUUUCCUUUUGCCCUCAGAGGCGGCAGCUAUUGGGAAAUUCUUCGAACAUUUCAUGAUCAACAAUAUGUCGACUUUCAUUAACAAACUGAAUAUUUAUUUCAAUAAGCAACCGGCGCAAAUACGCAAAAUCUACAAUUGCCUCAAUGAAUUAGCCGAAGAUCCUGAAGUUACUAUUAGAAAGGUAGAAAAUAAAAUACUUCCUCUUCUCAAAGGCAAUCAAUUUUUGAUAGACUGGUUUAUGCAACAAUUUUCACAAAAUGCGCCACCGGAAAGAUUGUUCUCUGCUCCUGAACAUGUAAUAAACUUAAAGGACUGCCAAAAUAAAAGUUGUGGCGAUCAUAUAGAGACCUUAAACGAUCUUUUGGAUUCACCCACAGCUGAAGAAACCCACCACUCCUCCUGCCAGUUGAGAUAUAUUAACGGUCGCAUCUUCUAUGGGUCCAAAAUAUUACUGCCUGCCAAACUCUCCUUUAUGGCUUCGUCCUACGUAGAUAAAAAUAAUUUGAAAGACUCCUCGAAAAUAUCAGGUUGUGCUCACGGGAUUAGAAAUUGCGGCGAAAACCGUUUAAUGCAAAUCAAUGAAAGUAAUACCAGUCAGUUUCAUAUGGAACAUACAGUUAACGAUGAGCAAGAAAAUUCUUCGGAAGAAGAAAACUGCAAGGCCUUAAUUAUCGAUACAACUGCAGGUGAAGAUGAUAGUUGUUCCUCUUUGGAAAGCUGUGAUGAUAGCACCCUACGUUCGCAUGCUAUGCGCCUAAAUCCUUCCUAUUAUAGCUCCACAUGCUUUACCGCGAAUUUGACCAGCACACCGAACAUCACCAAUAAUAUUCAAAAUCAUCAUUCAAAUGCAAAAAAAACUUCUUUUAAUUUUCUUUACGAAGAUAACAAAAUUUCUCCCCGAAAAAAUUCAGGUAUGACCGGGAUUACGCAACUGAUAAGUUCGCCAGGGACGGCUAGCUGUGCUAUGAUGCAAAGCAAUUUAGUAAGUUCUUCUGUCAGCGUCACAAAUUCCGCGGUAUCUUGUGUUCCCUUGCUUUCAAAGGAGAAACGUAAAUCUCCUUGCAAGAAAACGAAAUCUCCUAUCUCUAAUGCAGAACGAAGGACGUGUAAUGGCGCUAGUGUGCAACCAAUGGUGGUAAUUCAUGAUACCAGUUCAGCUAUAACUUGUGCCAAGCGCUUAAAAUCACUAAUAGAUGAAGAAGAGUGUACCGCGCUGGAUUCUAAAGAACUUAUUAAUAUUAUAGCACGCCCGAAAAGUGCUUUAAAGCAAGCGUACCUGGGUGAAGAUCAAAGCGAACAAACUGUUGAAGCAUCAGAUAAUGCAGACGACAAUUUAGAUGAUUUGGAGUUUUUGCCCGAACAUUCUCCCAUUACCCCAAGUCCGUUUCCAUCUCUCAAAAUGGAAACUGACUCGACUGAGGACGAGCGAAGCACGAACGAUUCGCCAAUAAAUUUAAAAAAUAAGAAUAAUGAUCCGGACGCUCCUAACAAAAGCACUAAUGAAAAAGAAAACGAUAUCAGUUCAAAUAGUUUAAGUAAUAGUUUAAGUAAGAUUAAAACUAGUCCUUUGCCUGUAUCUAACCCUUGGACUAGGGACGAAGACAAAAUUAUCUUAAUUGAAAUGAAAAUGGAUCCUCAGGAUCUAUAUACGCGAAUAGCGAACAAGCUGCCCCAUCGUGGACGUUACGAGAUUAAAGAACGUCAUCAAUUUCUUAUAGAUUUCUUGGCGAAAUUGCAAGAAAGACAACAGUAAUGUAGGAAGAAAAAAAAUGGUUGAACUAAGGGCCACUUGAGAUUGAACAAAGAUUUAUCUCAGCGAUACAGAUUGAUAAUGAAUCGUUGAAUGUUUCUGAAUGUUAGAAUUUGUUUUUAAAUAAAACUUUCUAGAAUUUGUAAAUGGCGUUGAAUGGUUAUUUUUAUACCGGGAUUAUUUGUAGAAUUCAGAAAAGCGGUUAGGAAAAUCUCGUGAAUCAAAUCAUUGAGAGUAGAUUUCGCCAUUCACUGUUAAAACG